AUGCAAGCUUCAAAACGGCCUCCAUCGAAACCCUCCGCGUCCCACGAGCUCGUUCCUGUCGGCCCGCGGGACGUUCAGCUAUCUAGGCGGGCCAGGCGCGAUGACAACGGGCAUCUACCCACGACAGCCCGCGCUCUCGUUUUGCGCAAUGGCAAAUAUGGCGCGAGGGGCACAGGGGAGCUUGUCGCAACGAGGAAAAUCAGCGGGAGAGAGAAGCUUGAUCUUCUAGAGGAUCUUAUGGCCAAGUCAAAACAAGCCAUAGCAACGCCAUUCAACCUUUCAAAGUGUUACAGUAUUGCAGACUCACAAUACAAUGUUUAUCUGGACGAUAUAUGUGACCUUCGGGAUGUCAACUUCUUCUAUGCUCACAUCGUUGGAGAGAUCUUGGCUCAUUCUUCGAAAGACAAACCGGCUAGCCCGAACGAUCGAAGUGUGGUCGUGACCGCUGUGGGCAGCAGAAUUCACAACUCGUACAUGCUUGCAUCUGUAUGGAGAAUUAUUCGCGCCUAUUUCGAGAUUUUUGAAGAGGAUGGGCUGGCUACCAACAACGUCCGCAACAAACUCAGGCAGGACGAGGAUAUGAGGACUCAGUACUUGAUACUGUAUGACAUUGUCAACGUCCUCGUGGAUACAGCCCAAGCAAAGUUUUCUCAGUUGGCAACUCACACAAAGCAUUUUUCCCAAUAUUUUAAGACAUACGAAGGCGUUGAUCCAAACGACCUAAAAAUGAUGUUUGACUGGGGCGCCGUCAAAGAAUCAUACAAGUCUUUUGUUGAUUCCAUCAUCAUUGAACUUUGCCUGCCUCAGUCGGUCUUUCCAAAGUAUAUUUUAACUGCAAUCUUACAGGAGGCAGUUGAAGAGGUUCCGAGUGAAUCGAAGCGCUUUCCGCAGGCGCUCUGGGAUGCCUUGGGCGAUUUUUCCGUUGCAGUUCAACUUCAGGAAAUGUUAGAAGGACCUUUGCUGGGACCCGAGGGUGAUAUUUGGAGGAAGCUGCCUCGGACGAUGCCCGAGGAGUUUGAGGUCUGGUGCGACGCGCAAAUUCUGUCGGAACGAGCCUCGAAAGAACUCGACGAAGCUUUAGAUGUUGUCUUCCCUCUUCAAAAAGCCAAAAACCACGUCGCCGUCACGGACAUGUGGAGGCGCAUUAACACGACAUACAAAGCCCUAACAGGGCAAAAUCUGGAUGAAUUAUGGCAGCUAGAGGGUGAGAUUUAUCGCACAGCUCACUGGACAGCAAGGCAGCCAACGGCGGAUCUCGUGGUCUACGACCGUCCACAGGGGAAGAAACAAAACAAAAAGAACGGUCGUCUUGCCAUCACGGACGGCAACGAUUCAGACUCUAUGCCCUCUUUGGAAUCCGUCUCUGACUCCUCUGAGGACGGCUCUGACAACGAUAGCUAUGACGACGACGUGGUCGAUGACGAUGACAAUGACCACGAUUCGGUUGGGUAUGAUACAGAGGAAGAGGGUGUGAUGCGAGAUUUGUUGAGAGAAGCUAUGGACGAGAUCUCGUCUUAUCCUGGCUUUUUCGAUCCGACUCAGACACUCAACGAGCAGUUGGCGGAGGAACGAAAGGGCAAUCCUUUCUUGAAACUUUUGGGGUCUUUGAGAGGGCGGAUGUUUUCAUCGAAUCCCACCCUGAAGACGACAGACCGUAAGACCCCGAGGACGCCAUAUCCCGGCACCAAACCCGUUUUCACGAGUACCAUGCAAGCGGGAAAUGCUCCUACAAAGGGAUCUACUCCACCGCAGAGUCCUAGACGUAAGUCCAUGUACAUCUUUUCAUGCUGGUGCCUAAGACCUUGUAUUGUAGCACCCGUGCCUGUCAACCGCAAUGUGACGGUUGAGGAAGUCGACGACGAAGACGCUGAACCUUCAAAAAAGAAGAAAAAACACAAGAAGAAAAAGAAGAAGUCAAUAACCACUGCACCUACACAACCACAACCGACUGCUCCCAUCUCGCCAAUCGUCCCCACACCACCCGCUCAGGCGAAUGCUUCCGUGGUCAAAUCCCCUUCUGCGUCGAUGGGUACUGCACAGAACAAUGCGUCCUCAGCUACGCUCACAAACGUGUCGUCUAUCGAGCUCACUCGCCAGCAGACUGCGCAGUCCGCUCAUUCGUAUCUUCAGUCCGAGGGCUUGAAGGAGCACAAGUCUAAGGUCAAGUCGCGUGCAAACCAUGCAAAUCUGAUGCCGAUACCAGAGAAGGAGAAAAAGGGCUUGUUCUCGAGGUUCGCAAAAAAGAGAGAAGAGAAAGGCGAUGCGGCAGACAUGCCGAAGGAAAAGGACGAGCAGAGCUUGCAAAAGUGGUUCUCCAGGUUGGGUAAGAAAACGAAAGAUAAUAUGCACCAGCUCUUGGGCUCGAAAGGGGACGGCAAGAAGGGAUCAGCAUCGAUGAAGUGGGAUACGUUCUUGAAGGUUAUGCAAGAGAUGGGAUUCACGUACGACCCUAGUACGGCAGGCUCUAGUGUACGCUUUGAUCCUCCUGGUGGCGAGAAACGGUCAAUAUCAUUCCAUAGACCCCACCCGGACUCAACUCUGUAUCCGGUCAAGUUGAAGAUAUUCGGGAAGAAAUUGAAGGACUAUUAUGGGUGGGAUGAGAAUUACCUCAUGCAGCAGGCCGGUAAUUGAGACGAUGGCUCUUUUGUCUGCAUUACCUUGUGCGACCUAGCGAUGUGUCGAUCCUCUUGUUGUCUCCACUUUCAAGAAUCGGCGUUCAUUUCGUGGUUGCAUUUGGCUGAGGCUCUUUCUUGACUUUUAUUUGGUCACAGGCUCUCGUCGAUCCAGGUCCCUAGAUCUAUCAUAAGACGAAGACGUACUCGCUCAUGUCUUUUGGGUCCCAUGCUGGCCACGCAUCUAUUUGUGUUGCUCUC